GGACUUCAUUUUCGAACGUCGACCAACAUCGACAGCUCGAAUAGAGGUAAAAGAGGAGGAAGAUGGCUCGUAUGAAUAGUGACAAGCUCGGGAGACCUCUUCCUAAGCGACUUAGCGAGUGGCUGGCAGAUUCCGAGGGCUGACUGAGACUCGCGUCUUGUCUUUCGACAAACGACAACCCUCAUCUGCGAUAUGCCUCGUCCUUGCCAAUCCUCCUUGUCACCAUAGUGCCCGGGUGUCGAACUAGAGGGAGGGGGGACGUAAGCCUACAAGAGGAAAGGAGGAAAUGGGUUGCAGGGGGAUCGGGAUUGGUGUCUUGUAGGAGUGGAUUUAUCAAGGUGCGAGCUCUCCUCACCGAAAGGGAUCUGGCCACAUAGUCCAGGUGGGAAGCAGCCUUGGGGUUAGCCCGACGUCCAGCAACGUUGAUGGGUGCUGCUUGAGGUGUCGUCUUGGUUUGAUUGAGAGGGGACAAGGUACACGUAACAGAGCCCCAGCGUCUGCGGUCUGUCAAACAUACAGACCAUUCUCAACCUGUUGGACUGCUGGCAGAUAGGAGGGCAUGGACUUGGAUUAUUUUCUUGCUUUUUGUUGGGGAAGAUAUCAGAAUUUGAGCAUGGAUCUCAAUAUCGGAGGCAUCUUAAGGUCAUAGGGUUCUUCAGUCAUCUACUUGAUUCGACUUGGUUCUUGUGAAAAUCCUCUCUAGGUUUUCGUUGCUUCGUUUUAAAUUGGUCUAGCGUUGUUGGAUGGCUUGAGGGUCUUGAAGUCUUCUCUGUUCAAGUUGGCUCUCUCUCUCUUGCAGAGUUGAUCUUGAUGCACGUUGAUUUGAUGCGGGCAUAUCAACCUCAUUCGUGGAGGUGAAAUAAGUGCAUUGGAGAGCCUUGCUUGAGCGACAUGUUGGUAUCUAAGAACGAUUGUUAGAGAGGUGUCAUCACAGUUAUUGUCGUGGAUAGACAGGGUUUCCUUCCGUGUUCUGGCGUGGAUAUUUGAGAGUCCCUAGGAGUAUUGAGCCGGUUCAGGAAAAUUUCUCGGGGAUGAUUUGAAGCAUUAGGAUGCACACCAGCGAGGAAUAUAAGGCACUUGAUGAAGAAAACCAUGAUACCCAGACGUGACGAGGGACCACGGCCAUAGACGAGGUCACUUCGUCGUUCAACGUGCUCAGUACAAGACAGAAUGAACCUUUGGAGACGAAGAUGAUCUCAGAGCUGAAGGGCCUUCAGAUAAAGCGGAAGACUUCGUAAGACGAUACGCCGCCAGAUGUGCCUGUUUCGCUCAGCGUACCCACCGAGGUUCGAAAGAUACGCUCGCAUAUCGAUCAUCGUCAUCCCUUUACCUGCACAUUGCAUGGAAGCACGCUGGUUUUUGAGUGGAGUGAAGCGAAAGAAGUGAGAUGGACGAGGCGUGGCGUGGAACUUGGGGUAUCAGAAAUAAUCAAGGUGACCAAGGUCACUGGUAUGUCCGCGGUUCCUCUCGCCUUGGCUCACCUUUGAUUUAGAUAGCAUAGGCGCAGCUGGACCUGGCCGAUGCUAAAUUCAAGUUUCAGGAUGUUGAAGAUCUCUGCGAGUAACCAGCGGAUAAUUGGGGACUUAACGGAAGCAGAUUCAACGAGGGAUGAUCUACCUCCGGGAUUCGCAGACGCGUGCUGCGCGUUUCUAGCGAUCGAGACGGUGCUCAAAACGGACAACGCCCUCCUCGCUUGUCUUCAAUUCAUUCGCGUUGUUCCCCUAAAAGUUGUAAUGUUCCUACUAACCCUCACCUCUCCGUCUCCGUUUUUCUCUCCCUCUUCCAGUCUGCUUGAAGCAAUUAUCUCUUUUCUUCGACCUAUUCCUCUUGCGUGCCUUUUUCCCAUCCUUGCUCGCAUUUUCUGUCUUCGAUGCAUUCGAUCGAUACGUAAAACAUGACACAGCCUACCACCCCUGCUCUUCCCGUUCGUCCUCGUCCUGCCCGUCUCGCUGUGUCGUUCCAGGAGCCUCAAGGAUGCUAUGUGCACAAUUUGGUUGAUAAAUUUCCUCGGAACGACUUGAGAAUGCCGCGUCAUGGAUUUGUUAUCGGGACUGAUUGGGCGAUGACAACGUUUGAUAAUCGCAGAGACGAUCAAUUUUUUGAUUCAAAACGUUUACAAACGAUAAACGAAGGAACGGAAGUGCGAUUCUUCCACCCCUACGACACUCUUGGAUAUUCAAGCGACGGUGUCGAUUUUAACGUCCUGGAAGAAAUCCGCCAAUUGGAUAUGCAUAGACACGAAGGCUUUGUGAAGAGGUCGUUUACAAUAAUAAAAUCUGCAAUUUAUCGGCCUAUUCUCUCAGUCUGCAAUCUUUGUCGAAAUUUAUUUGCUUGCUUUUAGUCGAAAAUUCACCAUUUGGAAAUUGUGUUUUGGGUUUAUUUUAUGAUCAUAUCUGUUUGCAAAAUUUCUUGUUUGAUAUUUCACUCGUUCCAAGUCUCCAGGAGUAUUCGCUUGUAUUAUAUCACUGCUAUCGCA